AUGAGUCACUAAUUCCCUCUUUAGCAAAGUGUGAAGAUGGAUAACUUCAUGGGUAAUGAUACUGCUGGUAUGAAGAUGUAACAUCUAAACAAUGGUAGAAGAUAAAACCCACAUGAUGUUCAAAGAAAGGACAAUCAAAACUUGAGCAAUAUCAGGGACUUUGACUUAGGCGGAGGAGGAGAUCCAAAUGAUCAAGCCAAUUUUCAGCUCAGUACCUAAGUAGGUAAACUUAUACAUCAGCAGCUAUAGCAAAGCCUAUAACAAUAUCUAGAGGAAUUUAACAGCAAUGGGAAUAUGCUUGAUGGUAGCAAGCUAUAGGAUCAGAUUGAGAACCAGGUAUUCUAGAGUGAACAGUUCUUGCAGAUGCAAGAGAAGAUGUCUUCUUAUUUUAAUGAAAAAUCUUAGGAGAACGCAUUCAAAGGAAAGCAACUUCUCAAUCAAAUGGACUAACUGCUUACAGACAUGAGAGGCCUCAAUGAAUCUAUCCAAACAUAGAACAAGAAAGCUAAGACUGCUAAGCAAAAUCUCAAGAAGAAUGGACAGACUGAUUAGAAGGAUGAUGAAUCAGGCAUCGUAGAUAUUACUGAAGCCCUAAGGAGCUAUAAACUAAGAAGUGAGAUAGAAAGAGCAUUUUUCUUUCAUUUGUUCUAUGAGAUCUUGAGGUAGUAGUUUGGUCUAAAGGGUACACCUAAGGAGAAGGACAUAUUUGAGAGAAAAGGUAGUUAAGUGGACAUAUCUACUAUUAUAACAUCCAAGGAUAUCAGAUCUGUAAUUGAGGGUAGAGAGGCUUAUGAGAGAGCCUCAGAAGAGUAGAAGAAGAAAUGGUUGAGAUAAAGAGAGUAGAGAAUCGUCUAUCAUGCAAAUGCCCACCAUAAUAAUGAAAAUUAAGAUACCAAUCCUAAGAAAGUUUAGAUUAAAGCUAAGGAUAACUACACUGAUGAUGAGGCAGAUUAACAAGAAGAAAACAAAGGUAAUUAGAACAGAAAUCAGAGAGGUCCAAGUAAUGCAAUCUAGAGAGUGAAUGAUACUGCUGCUAUAGAUAAAAGAUCAACUUCAUUUAUGGAUAGCUUUAACUAGACUGCAGGAAAGAACAACAACUACUCAAACGUUAACAGCUCAAUGUUUAAUGGAUUUGGCAUGAAUUCCAAUUGCUCGAGCAUGAAGUAAAUGUUUCAAAGCAGCGUUAAACCUAAUAUUUCUUCCACCAAGAUGGGUAAUUUCAAUGAAAGCUACUGCAGUAUGAACAACAACUUCAUGAGAGAUUAAAUGCCUUCAAGUAAUCCUUUGGUCAAGUUCAUGUGA